GCAAACCAAGUCACCACUAAACCAAAAUCCAAACCCUCUCUCUCACUCUCACUAGUUUCAACCAAAAUGGAGAAGCGAUUAAUCUCCGUAGACCGUUGGGCAGAGGGAAGCGAAGCGUACUUCCUCACCCACCUCCACUCCGACCACACCCACGGCCUCACCCCCUCCUGGCACCACGCCCCCCUCUUCUGCUCCGCCGUCACCGCCAAACUCCUCCCCUUCAAGUUCCCCGGUUUCGACCUCUCCCUCCUCCGCAUCCUCCACCCCGGCACCACCCACACCGUCACCCUCCCCUCCCUCACCCUCCACGUCACCGUCAUGGACGCCUGUCACUGCCCCGGUUCCAUCAUGCUCCUUUUCCGCGGCGACUUCGGCUGCAUCCUCUACACCGGCGACUUCAGGUGGGAAGCCACGUGCGAGCGAGCAACCAAGUCCCGGCACGUGCUUCGCGACGCGCUCCGGCACGUUCCCGCUGUUGACGUUGUUCACCUUGACAAUACCUACUCCAAUCCUAUCUACGAUUUUCCGCCUCGCCAUGUCGCGGCUCAGCAGAUUAUCGAUAUCAUCGCGUCGCAUCCCGAUCACGAGGUCAUUAUCGGGAUUAACACAUUGGGGAAGGAAGAUCUGCUGGUUGAGAUUUCACGCGCGCUUCAAAUCAUGAUUUGGGUGUGGCCACAGCGGUUGCGGACUAUGCAUCUUCUUGGUUACGAUGAUAUUUUUACAACGAACACGUCUCUUACUAGAGUUAGAGCAGUUCCUGUAUAUAGCUUCAGCAUCAAUACUGUAGAGGAACUAAAUUAUGUGUGCCCAACUAUAGGAAUUAUGCCAUCGGGUCUUCCAUGGAUAAAGAAAUCCCAUCAAAAGAAUGAGCUUCAAACCGGUUCCUUUUUGACAUCUCGUUACAAGAGAGGCAAAUUGAGUGCAAAUACUGAGACCCAGAUUGAUAAGCAAAUUGUAAAAACAGGAUCACCUGAGAAAAUUCACAAGUACAUUUACACAGUUCCUUACUCUGAUCACUCCAAUUAUGAGGAGAUUGAGGAUUUUGUAAAGCUUGUCAAACCAACCACCCUCAAGGGUAUUGUGUCUUCCUCCUCAUGCUAUAUUGAACCCAUGUACUAUUUUGGUCGACUUUGUCCUGGUAAUCAGCAAACAGAUCAGGUGCAUGAGGGUUGCAAAGGGAAAGAAAAUGGUAAAAGAGAAAGAGAAGAAGCAGUCAGAUCCAAAACUUUGUUUGAAGGUGAUAAUUUUGAGACAGGUAGAGACAGAGGGAAGGCUUUGAAGGGUAGGUUUUCUGGUGUUCAUGUGAGUAGGUUGAGUAUAUUGAGAAAAAAGCGCCGUGGUGCAAAAAUUCAGGAACAUGAUGACAGUUCUGAAUCUUGAUCAAGGAUGAUGCGUGCUCAUGAAGUUAUUAUGCACUACUUUUGAAGUCUAUGGUGCAAGGUAUGGUCUACUUAAUUGCACUUUAAGUCUGUUUUUAGAUAGGUUAGAUGAACAUCAAAUUACACAUUGAUGAGCCUUUCUGCUCCACUUGGAAUCAAUGCGCAUUUCGAAACGCUAAGUUGUUUUGUGGCAGAUAAAUUGUAACUUGAAUUUGCAGUACAUUUGUUGGUAACUUCGUAUGGUCUGAUUCGGACGAGCUUGGAGGCUUUCCAGAGUAUGUAAAAUGAAAAUAUAAUAUGCUGCAUAUUGACGAAUCUGUUUAGUUAAA